AUGGACAAAGUGGAUGGUAGCAAGGUUCAGGAAAAAACGUCCGAUCAUUAUAAAACGCACAAUUUACCGAUACGUUUCGAAUGUCCAGGUAACGAAAUUUAAUAUCCAUAAUCAUUAUUAAAACAUUGUAGUAUAAUGUAAUAAAAUCCAGUUUGAGGUUUAAAUUUAAAUUUUUUUAAAGAACAAUUAUUUUGGGAAGUAGUAUCUAUUUUUGUAUGAAUUUUUUUCAAACGAACUCGUCUACUUAUCCAGUCUUAUAUUGUCUAAUGCAAUUUGUUUGGCAACCCGUAAAAUUGAACUUUUUCCAGGUUUGCAAGACUAUAGUACAACUAGGAAAAUCCCGCCGAAUCCAUUCUAUGUUACUACUUCUAACGAUUACGGACUGUAUUCGCCGACGGUGCACACGGUGCGGAAAUGCUAUUACGGUAAACCACAGCGUUUCGGUCAAGAACAGUUCGUCCGAGGCAUGUACAGGGAUCACUCAUUGAACAUGUGA